AUGCAUAUAUAUGAGUGUAUCUAUGCUUCUGUUGUUUGUCUACAAUGGGAAAAUAUUGAGACAGAGCACAGUCAUGAUAUUCAUUGAUUUGAUUAUUACAAUUAAGAAUAAAUGAAACCAAAUUGUAUGGUUUUAUCAUUCAGACAAUAAAUAUAUAUAGAAUAAAAAAAUAACAGUUAUAACAUUAAAUAGCAUUACCAAUAAAUAGAAUGAAUACAAUUUAUGGUUAAGAUAAUGUUUUGAUCUAUGACAACCUCAAUAUGUAUAUUUUACUACUAGGCAACUACUUCAAUUGUUAUUAUUAAUUAAUUAAUUAAUUAAUUAAAAUUAGCAUUACUUCUGUAUUUUUUUCUAUGAAAGAAGAUACAAUCAUCAAAUCUAUUUUUAUAUUGAAUGAUUCGUCUGAUUAUGCUUAUCAAAAAACAAACAAACGUUCAAUUUAAAUGAAACAUCUCUAUCUAUUGAAAAAAAUGAAUAAUAAUAAUAAUAAUACUAGUUAUUAUUAUUGUUAUUGGAAUUAUUGAAUAAAUUGAAAAAAAAACAUUAUUAGUUAUUUUAAGCAAAAUUGUGUUAAUAAAACAAGGUGAGAAAGAAAAGUAAAAAACAAACAAACAAUCAUUCUCUUUAAUAAGCCAAGAAAGAAAAAAACUUCAAUUCUCUUGGAGGUAAAAACUUUGGGGAUAUAUAUAAAUUAAUAAUAAUAAUAAUAAUAUAAGGAUUCAUAGUUGUUUAUCUUAUCUUAUUCAUGUCAAACAAUAAUAAUAAUAAUAAUAAUACAAGACGUGAUCCUGUGAAAAUGACAAAUUUAAAUAAAUCUAAUAAUCAAGAUGGUGAUGCAUUAGAUACUGUUAUUAUACCAUUAAAUUCUUCAUCAACAUCAACAAAAGUUCAUCAAACUAAAAAUGGAAUUUCUAAAAUAAUAUUUAUUCUAUUAAUUCUAUUACUUAUUUUAAUAUUAUUAUUUUUAAUUAUUGCUUCAAUUAUUGCUAUCUAUUAUUCAAAUGCAUAUUAUAAAUGUCAAACAGUUAAAGAUUCUGAGAUUAAUCAUUUAAAAUGUAAUGAGCUUGAUGAAAUUUGUACUUCAGAAAAUGUAACAGAUGAUCUACUACAACGAGCACUUGAAUCAUUGUCAAAUCGAUCAAUGAAAGAUGUACGAUUACCAUAUACGGUAAUUCCAAGUUUCUAUGAUUUAAAACUUCAAGUUCAUUUACAUCAAGGCAAACCAGAAACAUUCUUUUUUAAUGGAUCUGUUACUAUCAAAAUUUAUUGUUUAGUAUCUAUUAAACAAUUCUUUGUACAUGCUCAUAGUCGUUUAAAUAUUAGCUUAGAUAAAAUCAGUAUAUCUGUUCUAAAUGAUGAUGGUAAUUCAUAUGGUAACAUUGAUCUUAAAAAUAUUUCUUAUGAAGAAGAUUUAGAAUGGUAUAGAAUAGAAUUGGUAGAUUUACUUCAACCUUUUACUUAUUAUGAAUUAACGUUUGGACAAUUUCGUUCAGCUUUAAACGAUGAAUUGAAAGGUUGGUAUUUGAGCAAGUAUAUAGAAAAUGGAACAUAUAAAUACCUUGCAACCAGUCAACUUCAACCAACUGAUGCUAGACGUGUAUUUCCUUGUUGGGAUGAGCCUGGAUUUAAAGCACAAUUUCAGGUUAGUCUGAUACGUCAAAAGGAUUAUCAUUCACUAUCAAAUAUGGCUUUAGAAAGUACUGAAGAACUACAUGAUAAUUGGUAUCUUGAUAAAUAUGAACCAAGUGUUAAUAUGUCAACAUAUUUAUUAGCAUUUGUUGUUUCACAAUUUGCAUCAAUUCGUGGUAUUGAUUCUAAAGGAAGAAAUUUUACUGUAUGGACAAGAUCAGAUAAAAUUAAUUCAGCCAAGUAUGCUUUAGAAACAGGGAAGAAAAUCAUUGGAUUUUUUGAAGAAUAUUUUGAACUUCCUUAUCCACUUAGAAAAACAGAUAUGGUAGCGGUGCCUGAUUUUGCUGCUGGAGCAAUGGAGAAUUGGGGUCUUAUGAUAUAUAGAGAAGCAACGAUGUUAUGGGAUCCUGAAUUUGGAACAGCAGCUACCCAACAAAAAGUGGCGACGGUUAUUUCACAUGAAGUCGCUCAUCAGUGGUUUGGAAAUUUAGUUACUUUAAAUUGGUGGGACGACCUAUGGUUAAAUGAAGGUUUCGCAAGUUUCGCUGAAUAUAUUGGAGUGGAUCAUGUUCAUCCGGAGUGGGGAAUGGAUGAACAAUUUCUUCUGGAUGAUAUACAGAAAGUGUUGAUUAGUGAUUCGUUAGCGACAUCUCGGCCAGUCAUACAACCUGUUUACUAUCCAAAUGAAAUUAAUGAAAUUUUCGAUCCAAUUUCUUAUAAUAAGGGUGCGUCCGUUUUGAGAAUGAUGGAGUCAUUUAUGGGUCGAAACACAUUUCGUGCAGGUGUAAAGAAUUAUCUAUAUCAAAACAAAUAUAAAAAUACUGUUCAUGAAGAUUUAUGGAGGGCUCUCACUGAGGCAGCAAAACGUGCAGGUAAAGAUGUGAAUGUUAAAGCUGUAAUGGAUACAUGGAUGAAACAGAUGAAUUACCCAUUAGUAAUCAUUCAAAGAAAUGCUGAUGGCCAAUUUCAAUUUGUACAAAAACAUUACUUAGAGCCACAGGAUGCUAAAUCGCCGAAAAAUCCCUCACCCUACAACUUUACUUGGAAAAUACCAUUGACUUAUGGAUCAGCAAAGACUAUUAACUGGGAUGAAGCAGAUGUCAUUUGGAUGAUGAACAAGACAAUGACCCAAACACUAGAUGUUGCAGAAAACUCUUGGUAUUUAUUCAACAUUAAACAAGCUGGGUUUUAUCGUGUUCAUUAUGCUGACAAUAACUGGGAACUAUUGACAGAACAGUUGUAUAAAGACCACCGUGCUAUUCCACUUCAUUCACGAACACAAAUUUUGGAUGACUUAUUCAACUUAGCAAAUCGGGCUACCGUAUCAUACGAUGUCUACUUAAAUCUGACAAAAUAUUUGAAAAAAGAAGAUCAGUAUGUUGUAUGGGAGACGACUCGGCGAGCACUUUCUUAUUUAGACCGUAUGCUCGCCAUGGACGAGAGUUAUGGAGCUUUUCAAGCAUAUUUGCGUACGCUUGUAGAUGGUCCUCUUAAAUCAGUGGAUUGGACAACAAUGAAAGAAGAUAAAGAUCAUAUGAAGCAUAUGUUGCGCCUGACAUUAACUCGUCUAGCAUGUCAAGCUGAACAUCAUUCAUGCGUUAAAAUGGCUACAGAAUAUUACAGAAAUUGGAUGCUUAAUCCUGAACAAAAUUUGAUCCCACCAAGUUUGAGGCCAGCUGUUUAUUGCACAGCAAUUAGAAUUGGUGGACAAAAAGAAUGGGAAUUUCUAAGACAACGUUUAUUAGAAGUGGAUAUCAAAGAGGAUGAAAAAAACAGUAUUUUACAGGCGUUGUCUUGUUCUCGUGAUAUGUGGAUAGUAAGACUACAUUUGGAAUGGGUCAUAAAAAAUAAUCAAAAGGAUCCUCAGGAUUUAUUGGAUGCACUUUCAUCUGUUGCACUGUAUCCUAUCGGCCAGACACUUCUAUGGGAACAUAUUCGUGAAGCAUGGAGAUUUAUAAUGAAUGAAGGAAAAAACGCAACUCACCCAACUGCAAAAGCCGCUUCAUCUGAUGAUCUCAAUGACAUUUGCAAGUAUCAUCAAACUGCAAACUCUGGGCGUAACAAUGAGUGCGUACUAACUGUAAUUCUUAAAAUACUAUCCAAACGUCAUUACACACUAAAUAACAUACCGGAUCAAGAAGAAGUACUUGCUAUGCAAAAUUCGGGACAGAAACUACUUGAAAAUCAUGUUCUCAAACGUGGAUUAAAUGAUUUGUUUAAAAGGUCAAAGGAAAACAUGAAAUGGACAAAAACUCAUCGUGAUGUUAUCAGUAAUUGGUUAAAUAAAAAUGUUCCAAUUACAACAAUAUUACUAUGAAUGCAUUUCUUUCAGACUAAUCAACAAUAUCACUAUUAGACAGUUUUAUUCUGUUGAAUUGAUUGAUUACUGGUUUGUCAAUUCACAGAUCUAUCAAUCGAUCUGUCUAUCAAUUCAUCUGUACUUGUGUCUCUGUAACGAAAUACUCAUUUUUCUUGUUUCUCUCAUAUUCAAUGUUACGUAUGCGUAUUUCGGUUUUCAUGUGUUCUUCUUCUUAUUGUUAUUAUUAAUAUUUUGAAUGCUCUUACAUCUAUUCGUCACUGUAACGCAUAUAUGUACAAUGAUUCGAUCGUACAUAUAUGCAAUAUACAUUUUUCUUUAUUACAGAUGGACGAGAAAAAGAUUUGUACUGCACGGAUGAUAUAAAAAUGGAUAUACAGGCUCAGUUACUUUAUCAAUAAUUGCUAUUAUUAUUACUAUUAUCGUUAUUAGUAUUGUUAUUACUAAUAUUGUUACUGAUACUACUAUUAUUAUAGCUAGUAACCAGAAUGCAUGCUUAUCUGUAAAGGUACAUUUGUUCAAUUUCUAUGAUCUGAUAAAAUUCUUAAACUUUGAUCUGGUGUGUAAUUAGUACUUACACUCCAUAAAAAUGAUCAGACUGUUUGUGUUUUCAAGUGUUUGUUUAUCAAGAUUUUGCAAGUUAUAUAUAUUAAAUAAUGUAAUUUAUACCCUCUUAGUUAAAGAAAUUCUUUGUAGUUUUAGCGAAGAAUGUCCAAGAAAUCUUAAUCAUCGCAUAUUCAACUACGAUUUGCUCUACACAACAAUCUGUGAUUCUGACGUUCGUAGACUUUAAUUUAGUGUUUUUCCUUACUAACGUACUCUCUGUAGUAUCGAAGAAGUUUACAUAACACUCUCCUGUCCGCAUUGUAAAACACUUUCUAAUUGUCAAGGAAGUUGAUGUAUGGUGACAAGUUCCAUUCAAAUGAUUGUUCAACGAUGAUCCAUAACGUCAUGAUUUGGUCUGUGCACGAUCGAUCCUUACGGAAUCCAGCUUGU